AUGCUGUUCUGGAGAGAAAUCUGCGCACAGAUACGAUAUUCUGUCUCUGAGGAGCAAAAAGAUGGAGCUGUCGUCGGAAAUCUUGCGAAGGAUUUAGGACUCGACCCACGGACGUUAAAGGAGAGAGGAUUUCGGAUCGUUUCGACCUCCGGCGACUCGCUGUUCACGGUAAACCAGAACGACGGGAUUUUAAGUGUAAAUGGGAAAAUAGAUCGCGAGGUGGUGUGUGAGAGAAUCAGCUCAUGUAAUAUCAAUCUGAAGAUUGCGCUAGAAAACCCGCUAGAGAUUCAUUAUGUGUCGAUUGAAAUCGUGGAUGUCAAUGAUCAUGCUCCGACAUUCCCAGAGAAACAAAAGCUGCUAGAAAUUUGGGAAUCUGCCCUACCUGGAGCUCGGUAUCAGUUACAGGCGGCGCGGGAUCCGGAUGGCGGUGUGAACUCCGUUCAGCAAUAUAAACUCAGCCAUAAUGAUCACUUCCGUAUUGAAGUUAAAGAUCGCGGGGAAGACCGAAAAAUGCCGUUUUUAAUCCUACAAAAGCCUUUAGAUCGAGAAACCAGCCGUAAACACAAGUUAGUCCUCACUGCGCUCGACGGAGGACGACCACCCAAAUCUGGAACAAUGGAGAUCAUAGUUGAUGUUUUAGAUGUGAAUGACAACAUGCCAGUUUUCACACAGGAGGUUUACAGUGUAACUCUGAAGGAGAAUGUCCCAGUUGGUACUACUGUUAUACAGGUUAAUGCUACUGACAUGGAUGAUGGACCAAAUGGAGAAGUAUUUUAUUCGUUUGGAAAGGAUAUAGACAGUAGACUGACAAAACUAUUUGAUUUAAACUCCAUCACAGGAGAAAUGACAGUGAUUGGUCAAAUAGACUUUGAAGAGAUGAAUAGCUUUGAAAUAGAUAUCCAAGCAUCAGACAAAGGAUCAGUUCCUCUGACGUCAGAUAAGAGUAUAACCAUAAAAAUCAUAGAUGUAAAUGACAACGUGCCUGAGAUAGAAGUGACGUCGUUCUCAAGUGCAGUGCCUGAAGACUGCAAAACUGGAACCACUGUAGCUUUAAUCAGUGUCAGUGAUUCAGAUUCUGGUGUAAAUGGGAAAGUGCUGUGCUACAUAACUGAAGACACUCCUUUCAGGUUGAUGGCAUCAUCUCAAGAUAAUAUUUACGCUCUUGUCACUGCUUCAUCUCUUGACAGAGAAUCUGUACCUCGCUAUGACAUCACAUUACUAGCCAAAGAUGCUGGGCAGCCACCGCUGUCUUCAGUUAAGACUAUAACUGUGCAGGUGUCAGAUGUAAACGACAAUAGUCCACAGUUCUCUCUUUCACCCUAUGCUUUUUAUGUGUUUGAAAACAACAUCGCAGGGAAAUUGUUGUUCUCUGUGUCUGCUUCUGAUCGCGAUCUGGAUGACAAUGCUGUUGUAAAGUAUAGCAUUUGGAGAGACUCUGGAGAUGAAAACAAAUAUACAUCUUUCAUCAAUAUUAAUUCAGAGAACGGGGAGAUUUAUGGCCUGAAGGGGUUUGACUUUGAAACUAUAAAAAUGUUCCAGUUUCAUGUUAUUGCAACAGACUCUGGAAGUCCAUCUCUGAGCAGUAACGUGACAGUGAACGUGUUUAUUCUGGACCAGAACGACAACGUUCCAGUGAUCUUAUAUCCAGUCAGCGCUAACGGUUCUGCUGAGGGUGUGGAAGAGAUUCCCCGUAAUGUGAACGCAGGUCAUUUGGUGACUAAAGUCAGAGCCUAUGACGCAGAUAUAGGAUACAACGGCUGGUUAUUAUUCUCACUGCAGGAAGUUAGUGAGCACAGUCUCUUUGCUUUGGACCGCUAUACAGGACAGAUAAGGACCCUUCGCUCAUUCACAGAAACAGACGAGGCCCAGCAUAAACUGGUCAUACUGGUCAAAGACAAUGGGAACGUUUCCCUCUCAGCAACAGCGACUGUGAUUGUCAAAGUUGUGGAGCCCAAAGAGGCUUUUGCAGCUUCUGAUGUUAAAAACGCAGAGAAAGACGAGGAGGAAAACAACGUGACAUUUUAUUUGAUCAUCACUUUGGGCUCGGUUUCGGUGCUUUUCGUCAUCAGCAUCAUCGUGUUGAUUGUAAUGCAGUGCUCCAAAUCUACAGACUAUUCGUCCAAGUAUUUACAGGACACAAAUUAUGACGGGACUCUGUGUCACAGCAUCCAGUACAGAUCUGGAGACAAACGCUACAUGUUAGUCGGACCCAGAAUGAGUAUCGGCUCUACUAUAGCACCAGGCAGUAAUAGGAAUACUCUAGUCAUACCAGAUCGCAGGAGGAGAGACUCUGGAGAGGUAAAACGAAGUUAA